CUUCCUUCUUGCCUGCUUGCCUUCCUUCCGUGCUUCCUUCCUUCCCUCUGUUUCCCUUCUUCCUUUCGCCUCCGCGGUUCUCUGUUUGUACUCGCUUACUACUCGCCGGUCGCGUCCACCACGCAAACACGAAACGCUUGGCGAUGCUCUGCGUCCGACCCAACAACCAAGAUAAACGGUUUGCCUGAAAAAAUCGCGAACAGAGAAAAAGCAGCUGACGGAGCCAGCCGCACGUGUGCGAUCGACACGAAUCUCAGAUCGACCAAACUGUCCGCUCUACCGUCUUUGAGCGAACGAAUCUACCCAGGAAGGAUGAGUUGCAACGAUGGGCGGGGAACAGCGUUUGGUCCAUGGUAUGCGCCAUGGAACUGGGCUUGGUAUCAGACGUUUCCCGAAACAACGCGCCGUUCCACACGGUGUCGGAUGAACGAUCGCUCGUCCAGACUAACGCCACCGUUUCAAAGCCCUCGUUGCCCUUGGCAAAUGACUGCAUCGAUGCCGCAAGUAAGACCACGAAGAGUACUCGUUUGAGAUCGUCCACCAAGAGGAAACAAAAGUGCAAAUUUCCAUCUAGAUCCAAAUCCAAAUACUCGUCCAUCGGGAAAGCGGUAAAGAAGAGCUCACGCAAAGAUAGAGGAGAUGAUUCGGCCACCGCGAACCACUCCAACACCGUAGAUAAGUUUUGGAGGUCGCGAAAGGCGGGUCUUGACAGAUCGAAGAAACGAACGAACCAAGAGUCCGAAAGUUCGGAACAUUUUCUUCCUGACGGGGCUCGAAAACAACACCACCAUCGAGAGUCCAUCGUAGACGACAACGAUAAUUUGGCGAAUGGAUCAAAUCACGCGGCAAACAGCCUCGACAUGCAAAUUGACGUUCCGCAGACACGUGCAUCUGAUCAGCAGAUGUCUUACGAAAACGACGUGGCUAACUUCGUUUCACGCGACUGUAAUCGCACGGAGGAAAGCGAUCUCUGUGUGAUCACGACGGAGAUCUUGGAAACCAACGAACUCGACGCUUUUCAGAUCUCAGCGCCCACCUUCGACGAGCAGAAGGAGCAAAUGUUGGUCGACAACGACGAGGACGUCGUUGCACGUCGUUGCUCGAAAGAAGAAUGUAACAGCGAGGGUACCUCGUCGACGAACAACAGCGUCGAAGAUAACGCGUCGAUGGCCGAUCGAAUGGAAACUGAGGAUUCGUCGGAGCAACCAUCGGGGAGCGACAUUGCCCUUGAACGGUUCGACCAAGUCGAAUCGACGAGUUUCGACGAUACGGAUACGCUUCCUCUGGCGAAAAGAAUCUCGUCCGAAAGUCGAGCGUCCAGCGAAGGCGAACGAAACAACGAAACGACCAAGCCCGUGAAAAAAGCGGCGAGAAACAACGAGCUGCGAAACAAAGGAUCCAGGUGGGGCGAAGAAUAUCACGAGGUCAGAAGGGUUACGCGAGGAUCGAUAAAAAUCAGCAAGGAUCUUUUCGUCGGCAAGCUGGUGUGGGGCUGUUGUUCUGGAUGGUGGCCAGCGUUAAUUAUCGAUGCCGACCAUGUAGGAAUGUUGUCCGAAGCAGGCAAAUCAUGGGUUUACUGGAUUGGAGAAGCUCGUAUAUCAUUAUUGAGUGAAAAGACACAGAUCGAACCGUUCUCGUACAACCUCAAGAGCCGACUAACGCAGAAUUCGAACGAAGCGCGAAUGCGUGUCAUCGACGCAACUAUGCAGAUGUUGCGGAGAUUAUUGGGCGGCACUUUAACCAAGCCUUACUUCACCUGGAUCGAGAACAAUUUACAAUGCGCGAUCGAAACGUUAGACGAAAUCAAGUUCUACCCAUAUCCAGACAAGAUACAACAGAGAUUAAACGGACUUAGGGAGAAGAACGCAAAAAUUACGAAGAAAUACUUGCUAGACCAAAAACGCGAAAGUCAAGGGAAAAAGUUGGCUGAAAAAGCGAAAGAUUCGCUGCAACGAGGCAACGUAGAUUUAACGCAUUUGCCGUUGAAAGAACAGAAUCCGGGGAUUAUAACGUGGGCUAAAAUCGCCGGACACAAUUGGUGGCCAGCGAUGAUUAUCGAUUAUCGUGACUGUUGCAUGCGUGAACCAAGCUUUGGUUGCCAGUGGAUUAUGUGGUACGGUGAUUACCAGCUCUCAGAGGUGCACCAUCAGUUGUUCAUGAGAUUCGACAAGGGCAUGGAAAAAAUGCGCGACUACAUAAAUAAUACGAAAAAGCACAUAUACCUCUUUGGGGUUCUCCAAGCCUCCAAGGAUUAUUGCUCUCGUCUGGGAUUCAAAACCGAGAACUGGACUGUAAACGACGCGUUGAAAUAUUUCGCAAGGAAGGAAGAUUCCAAAAGAUCGUGCGCUCAAAGAAAAGAAGAUUCCGUCAAAAUAUACGAUAAAUAUUCAGCUUGCAUAGCCAAGAAAUUGAACGAGUUGAAGAACAAUGCAAAUGUAGACGAUGGCCGGACGAAUGACAUAAAGAACAGUGAUGACUUACGUUCUGCGAUGAACGGAAACAUCGCGUUCGAAUCGUUAUGCCUAAAGUGUCUACGAGUUGCUGAGGGUAAGACGGAAAUUCAUCCAUUCUUCGAGGGAUCUUUGUGCAAAAGUUGCUCGGAUCACUAUAAGCCCUGCAUGUUCCUUUUCGGCAAUGACGCCAAGUGCUUUCACUGCACGGUGUGCGCAGCCUCUGGCAUGAUGAUCAUAUGCGACAAAGAGGAUUGCCCAAGAGUGUAUUGUACUGCCUGCAUGAAACACCUGUUAUGCCCAACGACCUAUGAACAAGUUCUUCAGGAAGAUCCUUGGGAGUGUUUCCUCUGCGCAACUAACAAUAAGCCUCGACCGUCCUCCGAUUCGAUCAUCAAGCCACGAGCAAAUUGGAAAGACAAGAUAAUCAAUAUGUUCCGUACGAAUUGCAAAUCUAAUCCGCAAGAGUUAAUGAAACAUAAUUGGGAGAAGAAAAAGAUACGCGUGCUGUCCUUAUUCGAUGGCCUCGGUACAGGUUUACUAGUACUUCUCAAGUUAGGUUUAACCGUGGACACGUAUUACGCGAGCGAGAUCGACCCGGAUGCGUUAAUGGUGACCGCUGCGCAUUUUGGUGAUCGAAUCGUUCAUUUGGGUAACGUAAAAGAUAUCACGAAGGAAAAGAUUCAAGAAAUAGCGCCUAUCGAUUUAUUAAUCGGUGGAUCACCGUGCAAUGAUCUCAGCUUGGCUAAUCCAAUGCGACUCGGCCUCUAUGAUCCAAAAGGAACUGGUAUCCUAUUCUUCGAGUACUGUCGUAUCAAGGAUCUGCUAAAGAAAGUCAACAAUGCAUGCCAUUUGUUUUGGUUAUAUGAAAAUGUCGCUUCGAUGCCGACCGAAUAUAGGUUGGAAAUUAACAGACAUUUAGGACAAGAACCUGACACGAUAGACUCGGCAGAUUUUUCUCCUCAGCAUAGGUUGAGGUUAUACUGGCAUAAUUUACCGAUAGAAAUACACUCAUUGUCUACACAACGAGAACAAGACGUUCAGGAUAUACUUACACCGCAUUGUCAACGUUAUUCGCUUGUUAAAAAGAUUCGGACUGUUACUACGAAAGUAAACUCGCUAAAACAAGGCAAAUUGGCUUUGAAACCAAUUCUUAUGAAAGACGAAAGUGAUUCCUUGUGGAUAACCGAACUCGAAGAGAUAUUCGGAUUCCCGCGUCACUACACGGACGUGAAGAAUUUAUCGGCGUCAAAAAGACAAAGGUUAAUAGGAAAGUCUUGGAGCGUUCAAACACUAACUGCCAUUUUUAGAUCUCUUUGUCCUUUUUUCGAGUGUAAUACGAUUGAAACGAACUAAUCGUGACACGUUUAGAAAAAUCGAAAAUGUUUAAACAUAGCGAACAUAGUGUUUAAGCAAAGACAAAACGAUCAAACGUGAACCAGAUCUCGCUUCGUCUAGUCCAAAAGGAGGAUAUAGCGAAUAUUUUAAGCAUUUCAUCAAGUUUUUUCCAAUUUAUUUUGAAUUUUAUUACAAUCAAGAUAAAACAAAUACCUCGCAGUAUUUUCUACCGUUUCUGUCUUUUCUAUUAAAAUUGUAUCUUUGUCUUUCUCUCUGAAAUGUAUACUUCAUACACGCCUCAAACACACAUCAUACAUUUUAUACAUUUUUCUUUUUGUUUGGUACGAUGAAAAAAAUAAGGAAACGAAAGAAGAAAAAAGAAAAACAAUAUUACAAAUGCGUAUUCUUAAAAAAUGGAACCAAAUAGAUGAUACAUAUACAACCCUUUUUUGAUAUACAUAAAAAUAUAUUAUAAAAAUUUAUCGUUAUUGUA